AUGACCUCAAACCAAGCGCAAGGUUCUCGGGAUCCGAAGACUUCGAGUGCUAAACAAGGCGAGGCAGUGUCUGAGGCAAAGCACAUUACGAGCACGAAGAGCGAUCAGGCCAGCAAGCAGUAUCAAUCCGGUGAUCAGUCAACCCCUGCAGAUCCUCCUCCUGGGAAGUAUACUCCGCGAGGCAAGAAAUGCCCGCCGACCGUCGGCACCAAGCCAUCGCUCACUCAACCGACGUUGACGCGACCGCGCUAG